CGACGCUCGAGCGAAAAGAGGCAAGAUGGGCCACCAGCAGCUCUAUUGGAGUCACCCCAGAAAGUUUGGACAAGGAUCCCGAUCCUGCCGGGUUUGCUCGAACAAACACGGUCUGAUCCGUAAGUACGGACUCAACAUGUGCCGCCAGUGCUUCCGGCAGUACGCCAAGGACAUCGGCUUCGUCAAGCUGGAUUAAAUGUCACGUGGAGAGAUGUCCGCCAAAUGUUACCUGGAAGGCUGGAUGAUUCCACGCACACACACUCUGCAAAUAAAUGUUUUUUCCCCUA